UUAUAUUUUGAUUUUCCCUUAAAGGGGGUAAAGGGAAAAUCAACAUGCAUUUUUUAAAAAAACAAUUUUUAAUCCAAAUAUUCCUUCACACCCCUUUUGCAACCAUGCAUAUUGAUUGUCAUGUAAAGUACUAUUACACAAUCAUAUACAUUACUAUCCUAUUCCUCAAUGUCCUUAAACUUUCGUUCUCUGAUCCAAAUGUAGCAAUCUCAAUCGACUGUGGAGCCACAAUCGAAGGUAAAGACAUAGACGGAAGAAAAUGGGAAAUGGAUACAAAAUAUAUUUUAUCUCCAGGAGACUCUCAACCCGUCAAGGCACAAUUUCAAGAUCCUGCACUUCUAUCUGAUAUACCUUAUAUGACUGCGAGAGUAAGUAAGUCUGAAAUGACAUACAAGUUUCCAAUAAAUUCGACAUCUAGGUACUUCCUACGCCUACAUUUUUACCCGGGGUCAUAUCCUUCAUUCAACAUUGAGAAAUCAUAUUUCUCUGUUACAGUUGCUGGUUUCACAGUUCUGAACAAUUUUAGUGCUGCAGUGACAGCAGAAGCCUUAACACAAGCUUAUAUCAUUAAGGAAUAUUCGUUUGCGCCUUUAGAUGGGAUCGACUCAUUGGAACUUAAAUUCAAGGCAUCAUAUAAGUACGAUGGCUCAUUCGCUUUUGUUAAUGGUAUUGAAUUGGUUCCAACACCCAAUUUCUUAGAUUCGGCUGUAUUAGUCGGAUUUUCUGAUCAAUCUUUGGAUGGAAAAACGGCUACAACUGAGACAGUUGCAAGGUUAAAUGUUGGUGGGAAUUAUAUUCCGCCAACAAAUGAUUCGGGUCUGCUUAGGACAUGGUAUGACGAUACACCUUAUCUAUUUGGUGCUGGUGUUGGUGUUACAUCUUCUGAUAAUAAAACCGUAGGACUAGAUUAUCGCGAUAUGCCCAAAUAUAUUGCUCCUAAGACUGUUUAUGAUACAUGGAGGAGUAUGGGUCCUGAUCCAAAUGUUACUCUGAAUUUCAAUCUUACAUGGACAUUUUCUGUUGAUCCUAGUUUUACAUAUAUUGUAAGACUACACUUUUGCGAGCACGUUUAUUCGAAGGUAAAUCAAAGGUUAUUUAAUGUAUAUAUAUACAAUCAAACAGCAACACCUAGUGGUGCUGAUGUUAUAGCAUGGACUGGAGCAAAAGAUGUACCUGUGUAUAAGGACUUUGCUGUGAAUGUCCAAACCGGGGAAGGGCAACAAGAGGUUUUAGUUGCGUUGCACCCUAGAGACAUUGGUGCUGAAAAACCCGAGUUUUAUGAUGCUAUUCUUAAUGGGUUAGAGGUGUUUAAGGUAAGUGACGGAAAUAAGAAUUUGGCGGGACCUAAUCCGAGUCCAUCAGAAGCGUUGGCUAAGGCGGAGCAAGAAAAACGAAAAAAUUUUAGUAAAGAUGUGACUCGAAUCAAUGCCAUAUGGCCUGCUAGUGGGGUUGCAGCCGCAUUUGGUUUAGCCACAGUUCUUGCAGUUGUUUUGUACAAGAAAAAGAGUAGGAUGCCUAGAAGUAAGUCGGGAACAUCGAGUUGGUUACCUCUUUACGGUAAUUCUCAUUCAUCGGGUAUGAAAUCAACCAUCGGAGGAAAUAGUGUUGCGUGUGCUCAACUUUCGACUGAGGCAGCUGCGAAUUGUCGACACUUCACAUUGGCGGAAAUACGAAAGGCUACGAAAAACUUUGAUGAGUCGAAUGUUAUCGGUGUUGGAGGUUUCGGGAAGGUUUAUAAGGGGGUGAUUGAUGGGAAUUUUAAGGUGGCUAUUAAGAAGUCUAACCCAUCAUCUGAACAAGGAGUAAAUGAGUUUGUGACUGAGAUUGAGAUGCUUUCUAAGCUUAGACAUAAGCAUUUAGUUUCUCUUAUUGGGUAUUGUGAAGAGAAUGGAGAAAUGGCUUUGGUGUAUGACUUUAUGGCACAUGGUACUUUGAGAGAACAUCUAUAUAAAGGUAAUAAGAUCAAUCUAACUUGGAAACAACGACUCGAGAUGCUGAUAGGCGCGGCAAAAGGUCUACAUUAUCUUCACACGGGAGCUAAGUACACGAUUAUACAUCGAGAUGUUAAGACUACUAACAUCCUCUUAGACGAGAAUUGGGUAGCAAAGAUUUCUGAUUUCGGGUUAUCGAAAACAGGACCUGAAACGAACCAACACCAUGUUAGCACAGUUGUUAAAGGUAGUUUCGGUUACUUAGAUCCCGAGUACUUCAGAAGACAACAACUCACAGAAAAAUCAGACGUUUAUUCAUUUGGAGUUGUUCUUUUCGAGAUAUUAUGUGCUCGCCCCGCUCUGAAUCCUAGUCUUCCAAAAGAACAAGUUAGUUUGGCAGAUUGGGCAAGAAGUUCAGUUAGAAAAGGAAACAUAGAGGAAAUUAUAGACCCAAACAUUAAGGGUACAAUUAAGCCUGAAUGCUUAAAGAAAUUUGUAGAUACUGCAUUUAAGUGCUUGUCGGAUCAUGGCAUUGAUCGACCCUCGAUGAGCGACUUACUGUGGAAUCUCGAGUUUUCUCUUCAACUUCAGGAAAGUGGAGAUGGCCCUAAAGGGGGUUCAAGUGGAAGAAACACUGCAAGUGAUAAUAUAAACAUGCAUCUGAGCACCUUAAAUCUCGACGAUGAUGAAGACUACACAGAAUCCGUAUCUUCUUCAAACAAUCAAAACUCGAGUACCGCAAUCUUUUCUCAAAUCGUGCAUCAAACAGGACGAUAA